UGAAAAUGCAAUUACAUGACGCAUCCGUAGCGCGAAUCGAACGACAAUCAACUUCGACUCUUUCGUGGCCUCAAGUUCGAAGAUUAGGCCGGUCCUUGUUACGUGUCAGAAUGUGGACUGGAUCGCAGCUCCUGGUGUCAAGCGCGAAUUGCCACUAAGAACCAAACCCCACGAUCCUCGGGUGACAAAUUGAGUGCGCGCCACCCGAUCCCUUCGCCUCCGAAUACUUUCCGCAUCUCAACCAAGUCGUUCCUUCUGAUUCUCAUAUCUGUUUUCUACAUCUGGAUAUCGAGAAGCCAUAUUCUCGAACACCCCCUGACUGCGUACCUUGUGGUAGCCUGAGGCUGUGUCCAACAUGGCUUUCCACGCAAGCGGGCUGCCGAACAUCGCAGCCGCUACGACCGACCUUUGGCCGUCUAUCGCAAAUACAUUACUGGUACCUUGGAGAGGCGCAUCUUCGCCCGGCGCAAGACGGACGGCGCCUUCAAGGCCGACGAAUGAAGGAAGCCGCACCACGCCGCCUCAACAAGGAGAACCCUCCCCAACUGGUGCAAGAUCCAACAUUCCCGAGUUCCUCCGCGGCGCUGUGUUGCCUCACCCGCUAACCUCCGGCCCCUUAACAAAACCCACCAAUAUCCAUGCCGAGAUCUCGACAAUGUCUCCUCGCUCGUUAUCUGCGGCAAAUCCGCUGAUCCGGAGAUCGUUUCGGAUGUUGAUGUCCAAACCCCUAGGAAUUGCCGUCCCGUUUCCAUCCUCGCACGCACAUCAGCCAAGCCAUUUCGUCCGCUCAUACUCUUGGAUAGCAAGCCGUCGGCCGCAACAGCAAUAUCGAGGCUUCGGGACCGGGGGGAUUUCCCGCAGCCUGCUAGCCAGCCGUGAAUCGGCGGCGAACAGGAACCCGAGUAGCCCGACUGCCCAGAAUGCUUUCUACCAAGCCUUGCUGAAGGCGAACAUGCCGGCCAUAGUAGUGGAACGGUAUCAGUCAGGUCGCUUUGCAGGCAACGAGGCGGCAGACGAUGCGUAUCAGCGGGCGAUCUCGAUGAUUGGCGGUUCGAGCGCUGGGCAGGUUGGCUCCGGGCUCGCCGGGGCGAACCUUUCCGCGAACAACCCAAGCGGCUUGACACCCAGUCAAAUCCAGGCAGUCAGCCAGGCUCUUGCUGCACACUCGCAUGGCGGUAACAUCGCACUUGCAAAGGGGCCUCAAGGCUCUGGCGCUGGGACUAAGGAUGGCCCGAUUCAUGUCGUUGUCGAUGAGUCCAUAGGAGGCGCCGUCUUCCGUUGGGUCAAGUUCUUGCUCUGGUUCUGUCUGUUCACGUAUCUCAGUUUGGUCCUUGUCACCAUGAUGAUUGAGGGAUUGAACACUUUCAAACGCCCUGGAUCCAGGGUUGAGAGCAGCGAAGCGAAAGCGGAGAACCAGACAGCCCGUUUCGCGGACGUCCACGGAUGUGACGAAGCCAAGGAGGAGCUGCAGGAGUUGGUCGAGUUCUUGCGCAACCCCGACAAGUUUGCUACCCUUGGUGGAAAGCUACCGAAGGGUAUUCUGCUCGUGGGACCUCCCGGCACCGGCAAAACCCUGUUGGCUAGGGCUGUCGCUGGCGAGGCUGGCGUGCCGUUCUUCUAUAUGUCCGGGAGCGAGUUCGACGAGGUCUACGUGGGUGUUGGCGCCAAGCGAGUCCGGGAUCUCUUCUCUGCCGCGAAAGCAAAGUCUCCUGCCAUCGUCUUCAUCGACGAGUUGGACGCUAUCGGAGGUCGCCGCAAUGCUCGCGAUGCCGCCUAUGUCAAGCAGACGCUCAACCAGCUUCUCACUGAGCUCGACGGCUUCGAACAGAACAGCGGCGUCAUCAUCCUGGGAGCUACCAACUUCCCUCAGCUCCUCGAUAAAGCACUUACUCGUCCCGGCCGCUUCGAUCGCCACGUUGUGGUGCCGCUUCCUGAUGUUCGGGGCCGCAUGGCGAUCCUGAAACACCACGCAAUGAAGAUCAAGGCCGCACCGAACAUCAACCUGCAAGCGAUUGCUCUGAGCACCUCGGGCCUUUCCGGCGCCGAGCUUGAGAGCAUCGUCAACCAGGCGGCGGUUCAUGCCAGCAAGUUGAAGGCGCAGGCGGUCACUCAGCGGGAUUUCGAUUGGGCCAAGGAUAAAGUAAUCAUGGGUGCGGAGAGAAAGAGCAUGGUGAUCACGCCCAAGGAGAAGGAGAUGACGGCAUACCACGAAGCUGGCCAUGCGCUCGUCAGCUACUUCGCCAGGGAUGCGCCAGCAAGCCUCUACAAGGUUACCAUCCUCCCUCGCGGGUCCAGUCUCGGCCACACGUCGGUUCUUCCUGUGAUGGACAAGUAUUCCUAUAGCGUGAGGGAUUACCUUGCUCAGAUCGAGGUCUGUCUCGGAGGCAAGCUGGCCGAGGAGAUUGUCUAUGGCAACGAGCUGGUGACCAGCGGUGUCAGCAGCGAUCUCGAACGAGCCACCAAGAUCGCCUGGCAGAUGGUCGCCCAGCUGGGCAUGUCGGAGAAGCUGGGGCCAAUGGAAUACCAACAAAGGUUUGACACGCUCAGCUCGGAGACCAAGUCCAUGAUUGAAGGAGAGGUCAAGAAGACGCUAGACGACGCCUACGAGCGGGCGCGGACUCUGCUUCUAUCCAAGAGGAAGGAGCUUGACCUUGUUGCUAAAGCGCUUGUCGAAUACGAGACACUGGACAAGUCGGAAGUCGAGAAGAUCAUGCGGGGCGAAAAGCUCCCGGAUCGGCUCCCCGUGCCACCAGGUCCGAUGACAAUACCAGCACCCUCAAACCCCCUCGAGCCUGGCAUCUCGGACCUGCCACCACUUCCUGGAGCGUCUCCUGGUAGCAGCGAUGAUAACACGAGACCCCCACCGCCUUCUGGUGGUAUCGUCGCUGGACAGAAUCAAGACCCCCAAUGAUUCCUCCAGAGCCACAUUCAACUCAGGAUACUGGACAGGGGCGGCACUGGGACUGGGGAGUAUGUCAGAAGGGGCAUAAGCAGGCGUUCUUCCUUUGGUUUCACUGUGUACCUAUCCCAAACAGCAAAUUCUCGUUUGUGGAAGUAAAAGUAUCUAGCAUAGCUACCUUACCUUAGUAACUCUACAGCGAGAGUAUCCCACUCCACGCGGAACGCCCCUGGCUCCUGGCUCCUGGCUCCUGGCUCUUGCCGCCUUGUUGCACCAUAAAGUGCUCUGUGCUAGGGUUCGGAAUCGUACGAGCAUCCUAUUUGAUACAUAUGGAAUACGAAUCGGUAGGGAGGUACGGCCAGUUGGCCCCAGCUGGCCCAACCAAUUGGAAGCCACUUAUUCAUACACAGGCAGGCAGCUUGCCUCCCGUCAUCUAAUGCCUACCUACCUACCUACCUAAGGUAU